GUAACAUCUUAACAUCACAGAUCUUCUUUAAAUGGAUGAGAUGGCUACCACUCAGAUUUCCAAAGAUGAGUAUGAUGAACUCAAAGAGGCCUUUGCAAAAGUUGAUCUCAAUAGCAAUGGAUUUAUUUGUGACCAUGAACUUCAUGAGCUUUUCAAGGAAGCUAAUAUGCCGUUACCAGGAUAUAAAGUGAGAGAAAUUAUUCAGAAACUCAUGCUGGAUGGUGACAGAAAUAAAGAUGGAAAGAUAAGUUUUGACGAAUUUGUUUACAUUUUCCAAGAGGUGAAAAGCAGUGAUAUUGCUAAAACCUUCUGCAAAGCAAUCAACAGGAAAGAAGGGAUUUGUGCUCUGGGAGGAACUUCAGAGCUCUCCAGUGAAGGAACACAGUAUUCUUACUCAGAGGAAGAAAAAUAUGCUUUUGUUAACUGGAUAAACAAAGCUUUGGAAAAUGAUCCUGACUGUCGACAUGUUAUACUAAUGAACCCAAAUACUGAUGACCUGUUCAAGGCUGUUGGUGAUGGAAUUGUGCUUUGUAAAAUGAUCAACCUUUCAGUCCCUGAUACAAUUGAUGAAAGAGCAAUCAACAAGAAAAAACUUACACUGUUCAUCAUUCAGGAAAACUUGAACUUGGCACUGAACUCCACUUCUGCCAUUGGGUGUCACGUUGGGAACACUGGUGCAGAGGAUUUGUGGGCCGGGAAACCUCAUCUGGUUUUGGGACUGCUUUGGUAGAUCAUUAAGCUCAGUUUGUUCACUGACAUUGAAUUAAGCAGAAAUGAAGCCUUGGCUGCUUUACUUCAAGAUGGUGAGACUUUGGAGGAGCUUAUGAAAUUGUCUCCAGAAGAGCUUCUGCUUAGAUGGGCAAACUUUCAUUUGGAAAACUAGGGCUGGCAAAAAAUCAACAACUUUAGUGCUGACAUCAAGGAUUCCAAAGACUAUUUCCAUCUUCUCAAUCAAACUGCACCAAAAGGACAAAAGGAAGGUGAGCCAUGGAUAGAUACUAACAUGUCAGGUUUCAAUGAAACAGAUGAUUUGAAGAGAGCUGAGAGUAUGCUUCAACAAGCAGACAUGUUAGGUUGCAGACAGUUUGUUACUCCUACUGAUGUUGUCAGUGGAAACCCCAAACUCAACUUAGCCUUUGUGGCUAAACUGUUUAAUAAAUAUCCAGCACUAAUUAAGCCAGAGAACCAGGAUAUUGACUGGACUCUAUUAGAAGGAGAAACUCAUGAAGGAAGAACCUUCAGUAACUGGAUGAAUUCUCUUGGUGUUAAUCCACAUGUAAACCAUCUCUAUGUUGACCUGCAAGAUGCCUUGGUAAUCUUACAGCUGUACGAAUGAAUUAAAGUUCCUGUUGACUGGAGUAAAGUUAAUAAACCUCCAUACCCAAAACUUGGAGCCAACAUGAAAAAGCUAGAAAACUGCAACUAUGCUGUUGAAUUAGGGAAGCAUCCUGCCAAAUUCUCCCUGGUUGGCAUUGAAGGGCAAGACCUGAAUGAUGGAAACCAGACCCUGACUUUAGCUUUAGUCUGGCAGCUGAUGAGAAGAUAUACCCUCAAUAUUCUGGAAGAUCUUGGAGAUGGUCAGAAAGCUAAUGAUGACAUCAUUGUAAGCUGGGUGAACAGAACACUGAGUGAAGCUGGAAAAUCAAUCCAGAGUUUUAAGGACAAGACGAUCAGCUCCAAUUUGGCAGUUGUGGAUUUAAUUGACGCCAUCCAGCCAGGCUGCAUAAAUUAUGACCUUGUUAAGAGCGGCAAUCUAACAGAAGAUGACAAGCACAAUAAUGUCAAGUAUGCAGUGUCAAUGGCUAGAAGAAUUGGAGCCAGGGUGUACGCUCUCCCUGAAGACAUUGUGGAAGUAAAACCUAAGAUGGUCAUGACUGUGUUAGCAUGCUUGAUGGGUAGGGGAGUGAAGAGAGUGUAA